AUGGCUGAGAUAUCAACUUUUGAUAUGUUACCAGAUGAAAUGCUAUUACACAUAUGUCAAUAUCUUCGGUGUGCAGAUAUUCUCUACGGUUUUUACAAUCUGAAUACUCGUCUUAAUAUAACCAUAAUUGACUUUUGUCGUCAUGUAAAUAUUACAGGUGUUCAAUAUAAACAAUUUCAAUAUGUUGUAUUGAAAAUCUUACCUGAAAUCGGUUCAUCUAUUCGAUCAAUAGUUUAUCACGGGAAUUGGCAAACUGUUGUAUCGGAUCAAAUACGUUCAUUACUUUUUUGUUCGAAUCUAUCCAUGAUAUUUUCACAAUUGCAUACAUUGAUACUGGCAUGUUUUACUGGUGAGCAACUAUUCACAUUUCUUGAUGCAAUAAAAGAUCUUGUGCAACUAGUCAAGCUUGAUAUUUAUUGUCUUGAAGGAAAAGUUCCGGAAGAAUUAUUGAGAAAAAUUCUAUCUGCCAAUGAUGGUCGACUGAAAUCGAUAUCAUUCGAUCAGGAUUCAAUUGAUCUGAUUUUGACUGAAGCUCAACAUGAUCAACCUAUUUCAUAUACGAAUAUUGAAGAAUUGACAAUCGGCUUAAUGAAAUCUGAAGCAUUAGAAUGCCUAUUUACACUUGUGCCAAAUAUCACUCGUCUACACGUGACUUUCGAUGACACAUCAAAUUUAUUAAUAGAAAACAUAAACGGCGUACCAUUUCUGAUACAUCUGAAAGAUUUUCAAUUGCGUUCAAUGGAUACGUAUUGGACAUUUGACAAAAUCAGCGACAUAUUGACUAAAAUGCCAUCUCUACGGAAGUUAGCACUCGAUCUAUCUACAGAAGAUGCAUGUCUCGUUAACGGAGACAAUUUUGCUACAAUUCUACCUGCAUCGCUGGUGAAUCUGAAUUUGUUUAUUAUUUAUGUCCUUCCGGAAUCCUAUAAUCAAUUAAAUAAUUUGCCUGUGACAUGGCCUAGUCAUAUUCCAAUAGCAUGUUUGCUGAAUGAAUGUCAUCGUUAUGCUAUUAUUCAUACAAUUCCUUGUGAUCUGUCUUCCAUUGUCAUUGCUGCCCAAAUAAGUAAACAAAUGUUAACUGGUUGGAAAUAUAUGCAGAAAGUUAAACAUCUAAAAAUUUAUGGAAAAGCAUCUUUUACUGACAUACCUAUCAUCCUACAACAUUUUCGUCAACUUCGUACACUCAAGAUUGACGUAGAUUGGAAUUCAGAAGCAUGUAUGUAA